AUGCCGCUGUUUCAUGACAUCAGUGAAGGCGAGUUGAGGAGAGGCGACCACAUUUACGUGAGGCGUACCGGCUACAAACACCAUGGCAUCUGGGACGGCAGAAGAGUCAUCCACUUCAGUGGCGCAAAUGCUGGCGACAAAGCCAACGCGGCAAUACGCAGAGCUACCCUCGACGUAUUCCUAGAUGGUGGCGAUCUUAAGAUCUACCUCUACGGUAUGAGCAUGUGGGAUAUAUGGUACGAGUUUGGAGGCACGUCUACAACGGAGGAGAGCGACUCGCCGGAUACGGUGAUUGAGCGAGCGGAGAGCCGGAUCGGAGAUGGCGGUUACAACCUGUUUUGUAACAACUGCGAACAUUUCGCGCUCUGGUGCAAGUUGGGAGAACGCGCCAAGAAAGUGCAAACUCAAACAACGUAA